AUGGGCCCCGACCAGUACGGGCUGGCUCGCUUUGCUGCUUCCGGCGGAGAAAUGGCGCAGCUGUCUGUGCGGUCGCACUCGGAGUUCGUCGCGCUGCCGCCCAAAAUCAAAGAACUGAUCUACAAGCAGAUGCCCGAGUGGUGCCUCUCGCGAUGGCGCUCAAUCUCAACGACGACGCGGGACACCGUGGCCGCCGGCAGUGUGCGCUUCGCCCCGCAGUGGUUCGUGGCGGGGUGGGGCCCCACCAGCCCUCGCGGCAGCUUCCCCUCGCUGCCGGAUGUUGCAGAGCAUCUGUCGCAGGAGCGCUCAUUUGGGCAGUUCGCGUUCAUGUAG